AUGUCAGGAUUCUUUCCUCUGUCCUUACGAGAUGCUGCUCACCAAUGGUGGACCAACAUCUCCCCGCCCAUGUCCGAGAGGGCCGUUCUCAAUCUCAUUCCCUACCUUAAGGAGGCCGUCUCCUCUCCUACCACCACCUCUUCCUCCGAGCUCACCACCGCCACACCCGACCCCUUUGGCCACCGGAUAUGGCGCUCCACCAUGGUUGCCCUCUCGGGCAAGAACCGUGUGCUGAACGAGUACUCAGUCGAGCGUGUUGGUGAGCCCGCCGAGGAGACCCUCGUCAUGCUGCACGGUUACGGUGCCGGCCUGGGCCUCUUUUACCAGAACUUCGAGCCUGCUACCCGUGUCAAGGGCUGGCGCCUCUACGCUCUCGACAUGCUGGGCAUGGGCAACUCGUCGCGGCCCCCCUUCCGCAUCAGGGCCAAGGACGCCGCCGAGAAGACCGUCGAGGCCGAGAGCUUCUUCAUCGACGCCCUCGAGGAGUGGAGGAAGAUCCGCAACAUUGAGAAGUUCACCCUGCUGGGCCACUCCCUGGGCGGCUACCUCGCCGUCUCCUACGCCCUCAAGUACCCAGGCCGCCUCAACAAGCUCAUCCUCGCCUCUCCUGUCGGCGUCCCCGAGAAUCCCUACGCCUCCAAGGCCGAGCUGCCCGCGCCGGGCUCCUCCACCCUCGCCAACGAGUUCACCCAGUCCCAGGAGAGCAUUGUCCACCAGGACAACACCAACUCCAUCUCCGCCACCAAGCACGUCCCCCAAGCCGCCGCCCCCGCUCGCACCAUCCCAGGCUGGUUCGCCUGGCUGUGGGACGCCAACCUCUUCUCACCCUUCAGCAUCGUGCGCGCCGCCGGUCCUCUCGGCCCGCGCUUUACUGCUGGCUGGACCAGCCGCCGCUUCAACCACCUGCCGCGCCAGGAAGCCGAAGCCCUGCACGUCUAUGCCUACAACCUGUUCCGCCAGAAAGGCAGCGGCGAGUUCGCCCUCAGCUACAUCCUCGCCCCCGGUGCCUACGCCCGCAACCCUCUGAUCAACCGCAUCGACCGGGUCGGCCGUGGUGUCACCCCCGACAACAAGAAGGAGACGGGUCUCCCUGUCGUCUUUAUGUACGGCGACAGCGACUGGAUGGACGUCGCCGGCGGCUUCGCCAGCGAGGAGAAGAUCAAGAAGCGUGUAGAGAAGGCUCUCAUGGAGGGAACCCCCGAUGAGAGGCGCGAUGAGAACGGCAGCGCCAAAGUUGUUAUCGUCCGCAGGGCCGGCCAUCACUUGUAUCUCGACAACCCGGACGAGUUCAACGAAUACCUGAAGAAAGAGCUAGAAGAGACGAGGGAUUAUAAUCGCCGGAGGAGGGAACAGGGCUUAUCCGUCUGA